GAGGAAGUGCGAGUCGCAGCCGCCGCUAAGAGCGAGCGUGUGCGCGUCGGCUGGAGCCUGGCGAUGACGGGCUAGAGGCAGCGGGAGCCGCACCAAAACAAGCCGGGGCUCAGGGCGAACUUCGAUGGUGCAGGAGGCGCCUGCCCGGCCGGAGGAACUGCCGGCGCCCCCGCCUCUGCGCCAGGGCGGCCAACUCCGUCCCCCCGCCGCCUGCGCUUGCUGCGGGACCGACGCCCGCGGGCAGAAGCGGCGCUGCCGAAGCUGUGAAUGAAAGAGAUACUCUGCAGCCUUCAGUGUUCAGUUUCGCUAGUUUUGAAGAAGUGUGGUAACAAAAAUGCCGCCUCCUGCGGAUAUCGUGAAAGUGGCUAUAGAAUGGCCCGGUGCCUUCCCCAAGUUAAUGGAAAUCGAUCAGAAAAAGCCAUUGUCUGCAAUAAUAAAGGAAGUUUGUGAUGGGUGGUCUCUUUCAAAUCACGAGUAUUAUGCACUGCAGCAUGCUGAUAGUUCCAAUUUCUAUAUCACCGAAAAGAACCGUAAUGAAAUUAAAAAUGGAACAAUACUCCGAUUAACUACAUCACCAGCCCAAAAUGCCCUGCAGCUUCAUGAGAGGAUCCAGUCUUCUAGUAUGGAUGCCAAGCUGGAAGCAUUGAAAGACUUAGCUGGGUAUUCACGUGAUGUAACUUUUGCCCAAGAAUUUAUAAAUCUAGACGGUAUUUCACUACUUACGCAGAUGGUGGAAAGCGGCACUGAACGAUAUCAGAAAUUGCAGAAGAUAAUGAAGCCCUGCUUUGGAGAUAUGUUAUCCUUCACGCUGACUGCAUUUGUUGAGCUGAUGGAUCAUGGAAUUGUAUCCUGGGACACGUUCUCUGUGGCUUUCAUAAAAAAGAUAGCAAGCUACGUGAACAAAUUUGCUACAGAUAUUGCCAUUUUGCAACGCUCGUUAGCCAUCUUGGAGUCCAUGGUGCUGAACAGCCAUGACCUGUAUCAUAAGGUGGCCCAGGAAAUUACCAUUGGCCAGCUAAUCCCACAUCUUCAAGGGGCUGAUCAAGAAAUUCAAACCUACACCACGGCGGUAAUAAAUGCACUUUUCCUUAAAGCACCUGAUGACAAGAGGCAGGAAAUGGCAAAUAUCUUAGCACAGAAACAGCUUCGAUCAAUCAUCUUGACACAUGUUAUCCGAGCUCAGAGAGCCAUCAAUAAUGAAAUGGCACAUCAGCUUUACGUGCUGCAGGUCCUCACCUUUAACCUAUUGGAAGACAGAAUGAUGACCAAAAUGGACCCUCAAGAUCAGGCUCAGAGGGAUAUCAUAUUUGAACUCCGAAGAAUUGCUUUUGAUGCAGAAUCAGAACCCAACAAUAGCAGCGGCAAUGUUGAGAAACGCAAAUCCAUGUAUACCCGAGAUUACAAAAAACUUGGCUUCAUUAAUCACGUGAACCCCGCCAUGGAUUUCACACAGACUCCUCCAGGGAUGCUGGCUCUGGACAACAUGCUGUACUUUGCCAAACAUCAUCAAGAUGCCUACAUCCGGAUUGUCUUGGAAAAUAGCAGCCGAGAAGACAAGCACGAGUGUCCCUUUGGUCGAAGUAGUAUUGAAUUGACAAAGCUGCUGUGUGAAAUCCUGAAAGUGGGAGAGUUACCCAGUGAGACCGGCAAUGAUUUCCACCCAAUGUUCUUCACGCAUGAUAGGUCAUUCGAAGAGUUCUUCUGCAUUUGUAUCCAGCUGCUGAAUAAGACAUGGAAAGAGAUGAGAGCUACCUCUGAAGACUUCAAUAAGGUAAUGCAAGUGGUGAAAGAGCAAAUAAUGAGAGCACUGACCACAAAGCCUAGUUCUCUGGAUCAGUUCAAAAGUAAACUUCAAAAUCUAAGCUACGCAGAAAUCCUGAAAAUCCGUCAGUCUGAGAGGAUGAACCAGGAGGACUUUCAGUCUCGUCCAAUUUUGGAGCUAAAGGAGAAGAUUCAGCCUGAAAUCCUAGAACUGAUUAAGCAGCAGCGUCUGAAUCGUCUCGUGGAAGGGACCUGCUUUAGGAAACUCAACAGUCGACGGCGGCAAGACAAAUUUUGGUAUUGCCGGCUCUCACCCAACCACAAAGUUUUGCAUUACGGAGACUUAGAAGAGAGUCCCCAGGGAGAAGUACCCCACGAUUCAUUGCAGGACAAGCUGCCUGUGGCAGAUAUAAAAGCAGUCUUGACAGGGAAGGACUGCCCUCACAUGAAGGAGAAGGGAGCCCUUAAACAAAACAAGGAGGUGCUUGAGCUUGCUUUCUCUAUAUUGCACGACUCAAAUGGACACUUGGAUUUCAUCGCUCCUGACAAGCAUGAGUACUGUGUGUGGACAGAUGGCCUCAAUGCCCUUCUUGGAAAGGAUAUGAUGAGUGAACUGACACGCAACGACAUGGACACUCUGCUCAGCAUGGAGAUUAAGCUUCGUCUCCUGGACCUGGAGAACAUACAAAUCCCUGAUGCUCCCCCGCCUAUUCCAAAGGAGCCAAGCAAUUAUGACUUUGUUUACGACUGUAACUAAAGCUACUCGCCCUGCUGAGACUUACAUUGAAACUGGAAUUAUUGUAACUGGAGAGAUUUUUUUUUAAAAAAAGAGGAAGAAGAGAACAAGUUAUGCACAUUGGACAUUGUUGGGGAGACCAUAAAAUACUUUUUCCCCUUCAACCCACCCCUGGAUUUCUACCCUGCUUUCUGGCCCUGUCCUCCCUUGUUUGCCUGUUCUAAAACACUGCUUUCAUUGGCCGUCAGGCAAGAUCAAAUGAACUUUCCAACUUGAGGUGCCCUGAGAAGAUCGUCCUUGUUUUUAAAAUAUUGGAAUAUACCUUCCAAAUUUUAAAAAGGACUGUGUGGCCAAAAAUGCUUGCCCACCGAAGCAAAUCCAGCAUUGCAGGAGUUUUAACUGGAAGGGAGGAAAUAAGAAGAGAAGCGGAGCUACUGUAAAUGGAGGGUGGUGAGAGGUGUCUCUCCUGCCCCAUUUCCUAACGCAGCAUUGGCUCCAUAGCCGGCUUCAGUGAAAACGAAGGAGAUUACUAGCUGCUUUCAACUUCCGCACUAUUGUUAUCGUGACUCACCAUUAUCACCAUUUCCAUUAACACCAGCAACUUCCCGUCUGUGCUGUGUCGAGUGACUGGCUCCUAGGAUGGAAGCCUUUUCUGCGAUCACUUCUGACCCCUUAAUAGCCACAUCUUAAUGACUUCUCACCCUAACUGAUUUCCACACCAUUUUAUGAACCCACUUGCUGUUUUACGUCCCUGUUGCGCAAUUACAUAUCAUUAAAAUUGGUGGGUGGGGUGGGGUUUGGUUUGGUUUGGUUUCAUUCAUUGUGUGCAGAGCACGAGAUGCCAUAGAUACUGAAAACUGCCGUGUGAUCUGGUCCAUACCCUAGAAAUUCGGAGAGUGUUGCAAAUUUUCAAGAGAUUUGUUUUUGUACAAAACAUUAGAAUGGCUUUUGCCAAAAAUAUAUAUUUAAUGAAGAAGAAACGUGUAUUAUGUGUACUUUUUUUAAAAAAAAAUGAUCUGUCUUUUGUUUUUAAUUUCUGAAUGGUCCCUGGAUCACUUGAUUUAGGAAGAGCAAAAAAUGCACCAACAUUCCCAUUGACAUUGUUGUUGAAUAAAAUUGGGCUUGUGAUUA